AGAAGAAAACAGCAGCACAAACUGCAUAGGCUUGAGAAAGGACAAAAAAUAGCCCGGGAAGAAGUAGAUGUGAGAAAGACUCUACAGCAGGGAACACAACCACACACACUGCUGGGCUUUUAGAAUAGUUGCAGGGGGAAUCAUGGCCUCUCUGCUCUUGGGAUCUAUCGGCGUUCUCUACAUCUUGUCAGCACUCACACAUACAGCUUCAUCGCAACAGUUGAACACAGUCUACAGGGUAUGUGCUCGAGGAUUCUUCCUGAAUGAUCGUGAAACCUGUCUCCCCUGUAACUGUAAAGGCCAUGCUGAUAGCUGUGAGGAUAUCACUGGGAUAUGCAUUGGAUGUCAGGAUCACGCUAUUGGAGAUUUCUGUGAGCACUGUGAAGAUGGAUUUUUACCCGUGCUUCUUCCUGAUGGCACAUUCAUGUGUAGACCAUGUGCCUGCCCGAUAUCACUAGAGUCUAACAACUUUGCAGAUUACUGUGAUAAGAGGGGUAAUUUUCUGAGAUGUGUGUGCCAGGAAGGAUAUGCUGGACACUACUGCGAGAGAUGUGCUCCAGGUUAUUAUGGCAAUCCCAUGGAGGUGGGCAAUUCCUGCAAAAAGUGUGAUUGUAAUGGCAACUCAGACCCAAACCUUAUCUUCAAUGAAUGCAAUAAUAUGACAGGCCAGUGCCUGAACUGCUGGGCAAACACCGCUGGUGACAACUGUGAAAGAUGUGCUCCGGGUUUCUAUGGUGAAGCCAUCAGUGCUAAGGACUGUCGGGAGUGUCAGUGCAACAAGUGUGGAACGGCAUCAUGUGAUGACCGGACAGGUGUGUGUCACUGUAAGCCUGGGGUCACAGGUCACCUAUGUGACAGGUGUGAGGAGGGUUACUCUGGCUUUGGCAGCUGUAUGGGAUGCCGUCGGUGUGAAUGUGCCUCUGCUGCCCUGCGUGGCACCUGCCACCCUCUCACACACAGCUGCCAGUGCCACCCGGGGGCUGGAGGCCGAUACUGCGAGCGAUGCCUGCCAGGAUUCUGGGAUUACAGCACAUCCGGCUGCAAGAAAUGUGAUUGCCCAGAGGAGAAUUGUGACAUGCACACAGGAGAGUGUCUUCCCGAGGCCUCGCAAAUCAGCGAGUGUAAUAUCGACUGCGAUGCGUGUAUUUGGAAUCUGAUUGGAGAUAUUCGUCAGUCCAACAAAACCUUGGACCAAGUUAGGAACAGCGUGCUGAACAUUUCUACAGGAGCUGCGGCCAACGACAGAUUAAAGUACUACAACUACACUGCACACAGACUACAGGCUCAGUUUGUAGGCUGGAGAAGUAAGUAUACAGUGAUGAGAGCAGAUACGGGACACCUGGAGGAAGAAACUCAAAAACGACUUACUGACAUGGAACUGCUCGCAGGAGAGGAGGAAUCAGUGCAGUCAUUGGGAGAGCGGGUGGAUCAAGAGACACUUGACAGCUCCACGCUUGCAAAUACACUCAUUGCUAACCUCUCUUCCCUCAAUAUUCUCAUAGAAGAUAUGAUUAGGGAUUGGGAAUUAUACGGUGUCCAUCAGGAGUUAAAUCCUCAGGUAAAGCUGCAGAAAAUAGCAGAAGCCGAACGGAUCUUAGGCUGGAUGAGAAAUAUGGACCUCUCACCCAAAGAACCGCUUGCAACUGACGAGUCCUCCGAGGCCCAUGAAUUGCUCCGGCGUGUGCGCCAUUUUGAGAAAACUCUGAUGACUACUCAGGGGCGUCUGUUGCCUAUGCGGGAAGUGCUGAGUCGAUUCACUUCCAGACUCUUUCAAGCUCAGGAUCUCCUCAACAAAGCUGAUGAUACACUGCAGCUGUCUCUAGACAAAUACAAGACCAACCAGCUCAAUUUACAGAGGAGAGAGGCACAGCAGCAACGACUAAACGACAUCCAUGACAUUGUCAAUCAAACUAUUGUUACGGCUGGUGUAAUCGUCUCUGAGGCAAACCUGACUGUCCUCGAAGUGGAAGAUAUGAUCACGAAUGUGAGAAAACAGCAUGCAGAAAUCGAUGGGGCUCGUGUGUCACUGGAGAGAAAGACAGAGAAAUUGUCUCAGUCAGACAAAGAACUAGUUCUGAGAGCAGAGGAUCACGCUGAUGAUCUGCUGAGACAUGCUGAAGAACUUAAGUAUAACCUGAAAGGAAGCGAUGCAAAUGGACGAGUGCAGAAAGCCCUGAACGCCUUGAAUGUGUAUGACAAUAUCGUCAAAAACAUUGAUAACGCUAACAUCACUGGCCUGACUGCUCUCAACAUCUCCAGCACUACACAUACCGACAUUGACGGAUUAAACGCUAAACUGAGCCUCAUGCGCUCUCAGAGUGACAGCGUGUUAACAGAGGCCUCAACCCUGUACUAUCAGCAGAAAGACAUUGUAUCCACAGUCCUCGACAAUAAGAAAUACAUCGAAGAGACCAAUGAGAUGAUGGUUAACUCCUCUAAAAAAAUAGCUAAGAUCCUCAGUGACAUCAAUGCAAUUCAUAAAGACCGGACUGCGAGACGUCUGCAGUUCACUCAUGAAGUGGCCGAGGGGACUCUGAACCGCUCUGCUGAAGUGCUGCAGAAAGUGACACCCAUCUUGAAGAGAGUGGAGGAGUGGGACGGCAACAUGAAAAAGGAGGCGUAUUCUGCCGCAGCGUUUGACCGCACUGUUCUGUCUGCCGGCGAGGCCGUUAAGGAUCUGUCAGAGAUCGUGCCAGAGCUACUUGACAAGCUGCGUGUGGUUGAAGAGAAAAAACCUGUGAAUAAUGUCUCCACAAACAUCAUAAAAAUCAGAGAACUCAUCGCACAGGCCCGCAGUGUGGCGAAGAAGGUGCAAGUCUCAAUGAAGUUUAACGGCCAGUCUGCCGUUGAGGUUCAACCCUACUCCAACCUAGACGAGCUGAAGGCGGUCACGUCCAUCAGUUUCUACAUCAGAGUGGACCCAGACAAAGACCCAAUAGAGGAUCGCUUCCUACUGUACCUCGGAGACAAGCAGGGUCGUAAGGACUACAUGGGACUGGCCAUAAAGAACGAUAAUCUUGUUUAUGUGUACAAUCUGGGAGGAGAGGACGUGGAGAUUCCACUCAGUUCAAAGCCGGUCAGCUCCUGGCCUCCUGUCUUCAAUCUUGUUAAAGUGGAGAGGUUGGGACGCCAUGGUAAAGUGUUCCUGACGGUCCCGAGUCAAGACACCACAGCAGAGCAGAAGUUCAUCCAGAAAGGAGAGGGGGCUGGGACAGACUCCAUGUUUGACCUUGACCCUAAAGACAAUAUUUUCAUUGUAGGAGGAGUUCCUCCUGAUGUGAAGAUUCCUCCAGCUUUAAGCUUGGCUCCUUUUGUUGGAUGCAUCGAGUUAGAGACUUUGAACAGUGAUAUCAUCAGUCUGUACAACUUUAAACAGCUUCACAAAAUGGAUGUUGCCGCAUCAGUGCCUUGUCCCAGGCAUAAGUUGGCUUUCUCUCAGAGUCGUGUGACAAGUUAUUUGUUUGAUGGCAGCGGCUUUGCUUUAGUCAACAAGAUUGAGAGAAGAGGCAAAAUUGGCAUUGUUACUCGAUUUGAUAUCGAAGUUCGUACUGUUGCCAACAACGGCAUUCUAUUCCUCAUGGUCAAUGAGACAAAUUUUUUCGUGCUGGAGCUGAAAAAUGGAUUUCUCCGCCUGAUGUACGACUUUGGUUUCACUAAUGGUCCUGUCGUCAUGGAGAGUAACUUGGCCAAACUCCAGAUCAACGAUGCGCGAUAUCAUGAGGUGUCUGUGAUCUAUCAUCACUCUAAGAAAAUCAUUCUGCUAGUGGACAGAAGCCAUGUCAAGUCCUUGGAAAGUGAAAAGAAACCCUUACCAUUCUCUGAUAUCUAUAUUGGAGGAGCUCCUUCUAGCAUUCUGCUCUCGAGGCCAGAACUGUCAUCCCUGGUGGGAUUGAAGGGUUGUGUGAAGGGCUUCCAGUUCCAGAAAAAGGACUUCAAUCUCUUGGAGGAGCCAGGAACCAUUGGUAUCAGCAGUGGCUGUCCUGAGGAAUCAUUUAUGUCCCGUACGGCCUAUUUCACGGGAGAAGGCUAUCUGGGCUCUACAGCUAAAAUCUCACCAUUCCAGUCUUUUGAGGGAGGACUAAACUUCAGAACACUACAGUCCAAUGGACUCCUAUUCUACCACAGAGAUGGGUUGGAUGAGUUUUCUCUCUCAUUGGAGAAUGGUGCAGUGGUGCUCCAGUCCAAGGGAACCAGAGUCAAAUCACAUAAGAAGAAUUACAAUGAUGGACGGACCCAUUUCUUAGUUGCCUCAGUGACCGACCAGAAGUAUGAACUUAUAAUUGAUGACAAAGACAAGCUGGAAAAGAAGAAGCCGGCUUCCACGUCUCAGUCAGAUAACGUCCCAAAGACCUUCUACUAUGGAGGCUCUCCUACGAGUUCCACACAAAAUUUCACGGGGUGCAUCAGUUAUGCUUACAUUAGCAGGCAGGAUAGAGAUAUAGAGCCAGAAGACUUCCAACGUUACAGUGAGAAUGUGCAGGCGUCGCUACAGGACUGCCCGGUGGAAAGACCCCCUUCUGCUUUGCUCAACAAAGAAAACAGAGAGUCCUCUAGACGAAGUCCAGGACACUCCCGCAAGGUGGGCAGGGAUGAGUCCAGCCUACCACUCGGCAAUCCUUUGGAUGUUCCAGAGACAGAAACUGCUCCCUGUUACCUGUCCUCCCACCCACGAGUGACCCGUCACGCCCAUCGCUAUGGCGGAUCAGCCCACAGCCGACAAGAGUACACGGGUGUUGCCAGUGUUAUCAGAGAUAAAUCUCACUUUUCUCUAUCUCUGAAAACUCAAUCAGCAUUCGGUCUCAUCUUCUACAUGGCUGACGAGUCUGAGGAGAACUUCAUGGCUCUGUUCCUCACACAUGGAAGACUGGUAUUCACAUUCAGUUCAGGGAAAGACCAAGUCAGAGUCCGAUCCAAAGAGAAGUACAGUGACGGACAGUGGCAUGAUAUUAUCUUCAUCAGAAGUGGAAAUAUGGGCAGACUGAUGAUUGACGGUCUUACGGUAUUAGAGGACAGAGCUUCGGGCGGAAACAUCUCAAUGCUUGUUGUCCAGGAUCCUCUGUAUGUCGGCGGUGUGCCACCUGAUCAGGCGAUUAAAAACAUUCAGAAGACGUCUGUGUCUAGCUUUUCUGGCUGCAUGCGGAGACUCCAGCUGAAUGGCCGCUGGCUCACCUCGGCCUCCAGCAGUUUUGGGGUCACACCUUGCUAUGAGGGCCCCUCUGAACCAGGGACAUACUUCACUGAGGAGGGAGGAUACGUGCUUCUGGAUGACUCCUUUGAUCUUGGCUCAAGAUUUAAGCUGGUGAUGGAGGUGCGUCCUCGUGUGGCGUCAGGAGUGCUACUGCAUGUCUUCACUGGAGAGAAGGAAUAUCUCACCUUGUACAUCUAUCAAAGCCAGGUGGUGGUCGUGGUGAGUAAUGGUAUCCGUGAGUUCUCCACAUAUGUGUCUCCAACAGAAGAAAUCUGUGAUGGAAGCUGGCACAAGAUCACAGUGAUCAGAGAUGGUCCCACGGUGCAGCUGGACGUGGACUCAGAGGUCAGUCACGUCAUGGCGUCUGUCAGGGAACCAGCGCAGAUGUCCGACGCUCCAGUGUUUCUUGGAGGAGCUCCAGCCUCCAUGCUGUCUCCCAGUCUCCUCAGCCGGAGAGGCUACACCGGCUGCAUGAGGAGUGUGUCUGUGAACGAGUCUCCAGUGAGCUUCAGUGCUGCGGCGCUGGUCAGCGGAGCGGUCGAUGUGGGCUCCUGUCCCGCCGCUUGAGCCACCACAGAAAUAAACAUGCCUCUUCAGCAUCAUCUAUAUUUACUAAUGAGCUGUAAAACAGAGCACUGCAACCUUUAUGUUAAGUUUCUACCAAAGGUUCUUAAAUUGACGUAUAUGAAAUAUAUAUCAAAACCUUGUACUUUUUUGCACAGAAUAUUAACAAAGCCAUACAGUAAGAGAGAGACUAUAUAGUCAUGAUACUAAAUAAAGUACUUCACUCACUGCUUUACCUUACUCUUCUUUAAUAAAGCUGGUGUUUUCUGACA